AUGAAACUAAUUUAUGAAUCAAAUAUGUAUUCAUUUCAUAAAUCAAUAGAAAUACUUCACAAUAGAAUAUAAGUUAGCAUUCCCAAUUAACUAUUAAAAUUUAACUUUUUAAUAAGAUUGAAAGUGCUGCCAAAACUAUUGCAUAAGUGAUGGCCAUUGAAAAUAUAGUAAUAAGAGUUCCUAAAAUUAAAGAAUGGAGUCAAUUUUUGAUAUAGCAAGAAUAAUAAUAAUAAAAUCGAUUUAUCAAAUAAUUAGAAACUAAAUAUUCUAAUAAUGAUAGAGAGGCUGAACUUUAAAAAGCUAAAUAGGAAUAUUAAUAACUCUAUUUGAAAUUAUGGAAUAUGGUUUUGCAAAAAAAGAAAGAAUUAAAUCUCUCUCUAGAAAAUUAAUCCGAUUAAAUCAACAUCUAACCAGCUAUCGAUCUCUAAGAUCUUUUGAAUAAAUUUUAUUUAGAAUCAAUUAUAGAUUUUCAUAAUUUAUUGAAAUUUGAUCAAAAAGGAGAAUAAUUAUAAUAGAGUAUUAUAAAUUAUUCAAAAAAAUUAUCUUAACAUCUUUACUUUCAUUUGAUUAAAGAGGUUGAUCCUAAUUUAAAAUUACUUUUUACAUUUAUAUUAAUUAACAAUACCCAAGAUAAUUAAAUGAUGUUAAAGAUAUUAAAUGGUUAUAUAUCAUCAUUCAUUUAAGAAGAAAAAUAAAAUGUUACAAAUUGCUUAAAUUUUAUUAUUUCUCUAUUUGAUGAAUUGUCAGAAUACUUAAAUAUCAUUAAAUAAAGUAUUAAUGAUAGAAAUAUUUAAGUGGAAGAUAAAUUAAAAUUGAAUGAAAAAUAAUUUGAAAUUAUAUUAUUGAUUUUAGAUAAUUCCAAUUCUAAAUCCAAAUAAAAUGUCUUAUGUCUAAAUUUAGCUACAUUUGAAAUUAUUAAAAAACUUCAAUGGAUUUAUAGAGAUGAUUGCUCAUAAAAGUUUAUAAAUUAUUAAUAAAAAGAAUUAACAAAACUUUUAUCUAAAGAGGUUGAUUGUAACAUUAUCUCAGACUUAAAUUUAGUUUUGGACAAUCUACGAUCUGCCAAACUCAAAUUAUUGAUUGAAAGGAUUAUUGAAUUUCAUAGAUAACAAGAAAAGGAAAUUAAAUUAGAACUUUUAAAAUUUAAUUUCAUAUUACCUUAAGAUAAAGAAACACUUUAUAAUAUUUAAUUUAAAAAUUCUGAUAAUUUAUAAAGUUAAUUAAAAUUACCAAAAUAAUAAGAAUCAGAUGUUUCUAUAAAUAGUGAAAUUUUUUCAUUUUUAAGAAUAUUAUAUUUUGCUGCUAAAUCAGAUCUAGAAAAUAUUAAUUUUGAUUAUUCUAAGUAAAAUAUAUUGUAAAUGAGAAUAGGAAGUUAUCAUAAUUAAUUACUGAUUAAAUUUAAAGUUAUGAGACUCAAGAUGUUCCUAAUUUAUUUGUUACUAGAUAAAGAAUAAAAGAAUCUUUAGUAUUAUUGCUUCAAAUUUAAAAACUAAAUUAGAACACAUUUAAAGAAUUAUGGCGUUUGGCAGAACAAUUAAGACUUUAUUUAGAGAGAUUAGAAGAAUUCAUAAACCAAAAUACACUAUAGGGUUAGUUCUUUCCUAGUUUGAAUACUAUUCUCUCAAUUAAAAACUGUUUGUCAAAUGAACCUUUUGAUUAUUAAAUUGAGAAAAAUUAAAUUCUUAAAGAUUUAUCUACAUAUCAUAGUGAAUUUAAUCAAAUAAUAAAUUUAAUUGAAUAAUUUAGAAAUAAAGAUGAAUUAAAGUUUAUUUAAAAUGUGAAAUAAUAUUACAAAUAGGAAUUUAAGUAACCUUUAUUACUAUUAUAAGAUAAAGGUUCCGAUCAAGUUUAGCAAGCAAUUAAAUGUAUAUUUCUAAACAUUAAUAUUUGA